AUUUUUUCUGUCCCACUCCCGAACCCUAGCCGCCUGCGGAUCUUCUCCGUUCCAGCCACGACGAUUUUUUCUCCGUUCCAGCCUGCGGAUCUUCUUCGUCCUCGGAGCUCCACAGCAACGCAACCCUAAUUCCUCAGAGCUCCUUCUCCCGUUGCUGCUGUUGCUGACGGUGAUCCCCCGUUCCAGCCACGACGAUUUUUUCACCCACUCCCGAACCCCUUUUUUCCGUUCCAGCGUUUCCAGCGACUUCCGAAAUCUGAGUCCAGCCAGCGACUUCCGCUCCCAGCGACGAGACGACUUCCGAACUCCGAGUCUCCAACAAGCUUCCCUCAAGUCUCCAACAGCUCAAGCUCCCAGCGUCUUCUCCAUCUCUGUUGGCUAGAUCUGCAGCAGAGGAAAAGGUAAAAUAGCUUCCCUGUCUUCUCUUUCAUUUUAAACCUUCUCAAUGUUCUCAUAGUUUUCCUGUCUAAGCUGUCUUCACUUCAUUUUAAUUUUUAAUUGUUGCUAUAUGAGAUAGUUUCUAGAAAGAAGAGGUUUCAUUUUCUGUUUUUUCUCUUCUGAAUUUGCUCGGAUGUCACAGACAAAGUGUGUUAUAAUUUUUAAAUAAGUUGACGAUAAGCUUGUUCUGUCUGUUUUCUUGAUGGGAAGAGGAAGUUUGUCUGUUUAGAAUAUAAAUAAGUUCUUAGCUAUCUAGUAUUUCACCUAAACAGUUGAGCAUGUAAAUCCAUUUAAUUUAAUUUGAAGUGGGUCAAGGCUUUUGAUUUGUGUUAGGCUGUUGAUUCUUGCUGAAGUGCAUAAUUUGUCUGUGAUGGGCAUGUUGUAUUCUUUCCCUUGCUAUAAAGCAAAUAUAGAUAUAGAUUAUAAACCUUCAUGCAUUAGAAGUUAGCACUUGACCGAACUUUGUAAAUAAAUAUUACUAAUUCUUGGAGAACACCAACCUGGACACGCCAUUAGCCUAUGACAUGUAAAUGCCCUGUAACUGUACAUAACCAAAACAGAGUAGUCAAUAGGAGCUAUAAUUCUUGUCAUACAACAAGCUUAUCAAUUAUUUACUGAUAAUUGAUAAUACAAGAAAUUUACAAGUUACAACUAAUUAAUAUGUAUGCGAUAAACGGCUUGAUCUUCAAUUCUUCAUUCAUAAUCAGCAGCUGCACCGAAAUGAUUAGUGCCCUUGAUAUUUCCAACUUCCAGAAAACCUGUAUAAUCAACAUUUGAAAUCAAUCAAAUCAUUAUAAAUUUAUAACUCUUUGAGUUAUUGAAUGAAUGAAGAAAUGGGACAAAUAACGGUCUUUUGGAUAAACAGCGCGCAAUAGCCUUAGCGGUACCUCGCCGCGCCGCGACGCGAUCCGCUAUCAAUAACCUUGCCCUAGAUCUCACCCAGCGCGAUGGCGGCGAUGCUCCAGCCUCAGAUCAUACUUCUAAAGGAAGGCACCGACACGUCGCAGGGCAAAGCGCAAGUAGUGAGCAACAUCAACGCCUGCACCGCCGUCGCCGACACCGUCCGUACAACUCUCGGCCCGAGGGGAAUGGACAAGCUCAUCCACGACGACAAGGGCAACACCACGAUCUCCAACGAUGGGGCUACGAUCAUGAAGCUGCUCGACAUCGUUCACCCUGCUGCCAAGAUCCUUGUCGAUAUCGCCAAGUCUCAGGACUCCGAGGUUGGUGAUGGUACCACUACAGUCGUGCUGCUUGCAGGUGAAUUCUUGAAAGAGGCAAACCCUUUCAUUGAGGAUGGUGUCCAUCCUCAAAAUCUUAUUAGAAGCUACCGAGCUGCAGGCAACUUGGCCAUUAGCAAAGUUAAAGAGCUCUCUGUAAGCAUAGAAGGGAAGAGCCUUGAGGAAAAGAAGUCCUUAUUGGCAAAAUGUGCUGCUACAACACUAUCAUCAAAAUUAAUAGGAGGCGAAAAAGAAUUUUUUGCUGAAAUGGUUGUGGACGCUGUCCUUGCUAUUGUAAAUGAUGAUAGAUUAAAUUUACUUGGAAUAAAAAAGGUUCCAGGGGGUACUAUGAGGGAUUCAUUUCUUGUUAAUGGUGUUGCUUUCAAAAAGACAUUCUCUUAUGCUGGUUUUGAGCAGCAGCCAAAGAAGUUUCUGAAUCCAAAAAUCCUUCUGUUAAACAUUGAAUUAGAGUUGAAAUCAGAGAAAGAAAAUGCUGAAAUCAGACUAUCAGAUCCACUGCAGUAUCAGUCAAUAGUUGAUGCUGAGUGGAAUAUCAUCUACGACAAGUUAGAUAAGUGUGUCAAGAGUGGAGCAAAAAUCGUCCUCUCGCGAUUGGCAAUUGGCGACCUUGCAACUCAGUAUUUUGCAGAUCGAGAUAUAUUCUGCGCUGGUCGUGUAACAGAAGAAGACCUGCAAAGGGUUUCUGCUGCUACAGGUGGUACUGUACAAACUUCUGUCAACAACAUUAUCAAUGAGGUUCUGGGGUCUUGUGAUGUGUUUGAGGAGAAACAAGUUGGGAAUGAGAGGUUCAACAUAUUUAGUGGCUGCCCUUCUGGUCGGACUGCAACAAUAGUUCUCCGUGGUGGAGCAGACCAGUUCAUUGAAGAAGCUGAAAGGAGUCUGCAUGAUGCAAUAAUGAUAGUCAGAAGAGCUCUCAAGAAUUCCACUAUUGUGGCUGGUGGCGGUGCUAUUGAUAUGGAGGUUAGUCGAUAUUUACGACAACAUGCACGAACCAUAGCUGGAAAGUCACAACUGUUUAUAAAUUCAUAUGCCAAGGCCCUUGAGGUCAUUCCAAGACAACUUUGUGAUAAUGCUGGCUUUGAUGCAACUGAUUUCUUGAAUAAACUCAGACAGAAACAUGCUUCUGGUGAAGGUGCAAAUUUUGGCUUAGAUAUCAACACAGGUGGACUUGCAGAUUCAUUUUCUAACUUUGUUUGGGAACCUUCAGUUGUGAAGAUUAAUGCUAUAAAUGCUGCUACAGAAGCUGCUUGUCUUAUUUUGAGUGUGGAUGAAACAGUCAAGAAUCCUAAGUCGGAGAGUGCACAAGGCGAGGCUGCUGCAAGUGCUAUGGGUGGUCGGGGGCGUGGUGGUGGAGCCUUCCGAGGAGGUCGUGGUGGAAGAGGCAUGAGGAGGCGGUGAUUUCUUUUUAACCUUCGUCUGCUUAAGGAGUUAACUUUUGCCAGUUAAUCGGGUUGAAUGUUGUUCGUCAUGAUAUUUUCACUGCGUCAAGUAAAAUGUCUGUUUGUAGACCCAGUUCAUGAUGGGAAGUUCUCCACUUAAUUUAAAAAGACUGAACCAAUCACAAUUUUGGAUUUGGAAUCUCCAUUCCUUUGGGUGUUUCUGCUAUUGUAUUUUCCUUUGCUGAGGAGUAAUUGGUUUGUAUUGUCAUUUGUC